GUUUUUCCGGGCCAUCGAUCUAUCGCGGCAAAAAGCACCGCCACCCCAAUUUCCUGCACCGCAUCCAUCCUGAUCCAUCCAGUCGGCAACGGGCGUCGCGACGGGUGAUACUUCCAUUUAGGUGCAAAUUUCGGCGGCGCACGUGGCGUACAGGACAACACCGACAGAACCUGUUUGCGAAUGUAUGAUGGAACAUGGAUCCCAAUAAAAACGACGUCGUUUACGCCCGUCAGGAGGACAUUCUUCGCAUCCUCAGCCGACUUAACGAAACCCAAGCAGAACUUGCCUGCGAGCUUAAAAAAACACUCACACCGUCCUCGAAUGGAUGUCCUGUCGAUUUCGAUACGGUUUUAUGUUGGCCACAAACGCCGCCCAAUUCUCUCGCCGUUCUUCCUUGCUUUGAACAACUUAAUGGGAUCAAGUACGACACGAAAGAGAACGCCACCCGUCUCUGCUUCUCGAACGGAAGUUGGGACCAAUACAGCAACUAUACCUCCUGCAAAGAACUAUCUCCUUUGGAAGUGCCCGAAGUGGAACUAACGACCACGAUCUACUUCAUUGGCUACACCGUCAGUCUCGUCGCCCUCCUCUUCGCCGUCUACAUAUUCUGGAAGUUCAAGGACCUGAGAUGUCUCCGGAACACCAUCCACAUGAACCUGAUGUGCUCGUACAUCCUGGCCGAUUUCAUGUGGAUUUUCGUCUACAGCUUGCAGGGACCUCUCCAGACCAACAAGGCUUUCUGCAUCUUCCUCAUCAUCUUGCUCCACUACUUCCACCUAACCAACUUCUUCUGGAUGUUCGUCGAAGGUUUGUACCUAUACAUUCUGGUAGUGAAAACCUUCACCGGAGAGAACAUCAAACCUCGGAUCUACGCCGUAAUAGGCUGGGGUGGUCCGAUCGUCUUUGUCCUCAUAUGGGGCAUCGCCAAGAGCUUCACGCUACCCUUGGAAGACCAACAGGCUGGGGAGAUGUUCAGGAGCUGUCCCUGGACUCCGCACCCUUUCGACUGGAUUUACCAAGGUCCUGCAAUAGCCGUGCUAAUAAUAAACGUAAUAUUCCUGUGCAUCAUCAUGUGGGUUUUAAUAACGAAACUCCGGUCGGCGAACAAUGUGGAAACACAGCAAUACAGGAAAGCGGCCAAAGCCCUUCUAGUUCUUAUUCCUCUCCUGGGAGUAACUUAUAUCCUUGUAAUAGUCGGGCCCACCGAAGGAAUCUCCAGGCGCAUAUAUGACAGCAUUAGAGCCAUACUACUAUCUACUCAGGGUUUCACCGUGGCCCUUUUCUACUGCUUCCUCAACGCCGAAGUGAAGAACACAGUCCGCCACCACUACAACAGCUGGCACACCCGCCGAACCCUCGGCUCCCGUAGAACCCGCUACUCCUCGAGCCGGGACUGGUCGUCCCAGGCCAGAGACAGCAUGCGUUUGUAUCAGACAAACUCGUACAGAAAACGGGGAUCCACCUGCUCCACCGGCACCACCACCACUGUCGUGGUAGUGCCGUUCCCCAAACUCUCCCAACAAAAACUCUCCAACAACAGCGACGCCGGAUGAGAAAUAAUGCCGCGAGGAGAUAGAAGAGCUACGAUGGAUACUCUUCUGGAGGAGGAAGGAGCGUGUUCGUUCGCGUCUUCUCGUGGCAACUCCAUACCCAAUGUUGACAUAUCGACGUUUAGCAUCAAGUGAAGUGGAAGCUGAGAUAAGUCGCAAAUUCGACGGAAAGUUGUGAUUUUAUGUGGACCUCGAUAUGUGAAAAUGCAUAUUUUUGUCUUAAGUACGUGUCACACGAUAUCUAUUUUAUGAUGUUUGUAAUAAAUGGAAAGUUAUUUUUUCUAUGUACGUAUUCGUGGUCGGUGUCGAAGAUAAAAGUCAUCAGAUUGCCGAAUUGACUGUUGCGGUGUUGGUGUCGCGAAGAUGCACACAAUAUUAUUGUAAAAAAAUCGGUUUUUAAGCUUGUAAAUAAGGCGAAAACACUUAUAUUUAUCGUUAUUUUGCCAAAACCCUACAUCCAACGUGUACGUUUGUAAAAAUAAACAUGUUUGAAAGUCA